AUGCACGAUCGGAUGGUUGUGGAUGAUUCUGAUCGUGAUUGGAUGGUUGUCAGUGGUUCUAAGCAGAUCAGAGGGCAUGUAGCAUGCGAUGAGGUGCGGUCGAACAGUCCAGGGAUGAGCCAAUUGAGAUCUGACAGUUCAGAGGCACUCCAUGCAGCUGGUCAGCUGGCAGGAACAUCAGUCUCGGCCUCUCCUCUCCCAUAUGGGACUAUGGCUAGACAGUUUGAGGCCCUUGCAUGGGGCAUGAGGAAGAAGCUUUUGAGUUGGCUGGAGCAGGAGAUCGCCUUCGUGCAGGAUUACAACCUACAAGAAGACAGUGGAUUUGGCGGCAUGCCGGCGAGCAAAUCUUUCAUUGAGAGCCUGGGGCGCUUGCCGUAUGGUCAAGGAGAGGGCGUUCGGGAGGAGGAGUGCGUGAUAUGCCUGGAGGACUUCGUUGCCGGAGCGGAAGUUAGUACGAUCCCGUGCUCCCACUCCUUCCACAGCCAGUGCAUCACCCAGUGGCUGGAAAAAAGCCAUCUUUGCCCCAUCUGCAGAUACCACAUGCCCACUGCCAGCUCCAAUCCACAGGGCCAGCAUAUCAUGUAG